GCAAUGUCACAGAGGAGUGGGCAGGAGGACCCGGAGCGGUACCUCUUUGUGGACCGCGCCGUGGUCUACAACCCGGCUGCACAGGCUGACUGGACUGCCAAGAGGCUAGUAUGGGUCCCGUCAGAACGCCACGGCUUCGAGGGUGCCAGUAUUCGGGAGGAGCGUGGAGAUGAGGUGGUGGUGGAGCUGGCAGAAAAUGGGAAGAAGGCGGUGGUCAACAAGGAUGACAUCCAGAAGAUGAACCCACCUAAAUUCAGCAAGGUAGAGGACAUGGCCGAGCUUACCUGCCUGAACGAGGCCUCAGUGCUUAACAACCUCAAAGACCGCUACUACUCUGGCCUCAUCUACACGUACUCUGGUCUCUUCUGUGUGGUCAUAAAUCCCUACAAAAACCUGCCCAUCUACUCAGAGAACAUCAUUGAUAUGUACAGGGGCAAAAAGAGGCAUGAAAUGCCCCCUCACAUCUACGCCAUCUCAGAGUCUGCGUACAGAUGUAUGCUACAAGAUCGGGAAGAUCAAUCCAUUCUCUGCACAGGUGAGUCUGGAGCUGGCAAGACGGAAAACACAAAAAAGGUCAUUCAGUACCUGGCACAUGUUGCCUCCUCCCACAAAGGAAGAAAAGACCACAACAUUCCUCCAGAAUCUCCUAAACCAGUGAAACUACAGGGUGAACUGGAGCGUCAGCUUUUACAAGCCAACCCCAUCCUUGAAUCUUUUGGGAAUGCUAAGACAGUGAAAAAUGACAAUUCGUCACGUUUUGGGAAAUUCAUCCGGAUCAACUUUGAUGUUACUGGAUACAUUGUCGGAGCCAAUAUUGAAACCUACUUACUUGAGAAAUCCAGAGCAAUUCGUCAAGCCAAAGAUGAGCGCACCUUCCAUGUUUUCUACCAGCUGCUGGCUGGAGCUGGAGAGCACCUCAAAUCGGACCUGCUUUUGGAGGGAUUCAACAACUACCGUUUCCUGUCCAAUGGUAACAUCCCCAUCCCGGGCCAGCAGGACAAAGACAAUUUCCAAGAGACCAUGGAUGCCAUGCACAUCAUGAGCUUCUCCCACGAGGAGAUUCUGGCCAUGUUGAAGGUGGUGUCAUCAGUGCUUCAGUUUGGCAACAUUAUCUUCAAGAAGGAGAGGAACUCUGACCAAGCCUCUAUGCCUGAUAAUACUACUGCUCAGAAGCUUUGUCACCUGCUGGGUAUGAAUGUAAUGGAGUUCACCAGAGCCAUCCUGUCACCAAGGAUCAAAGUGGGAAGAGACUACGUCCAGAAAGCACAGACUAAAGAACAGGCUGACUUUGCUGUGGAGGCCUUGGCCAAAGCCACAUACGAGCGUCUGUUCCGCUGGCUGGUCCAUCGCAUUAACAGAGCUCUGGACAGGACCAAACGACAGGGCGCCUCCUUCAUCGGCAUCCUGGACAUUGCUGGUUUUGAGAUUUUCCAGCUGAACUCAUUUGAGCAGCUGUGUAUCAACUACACUAACGAGAAGCUGCAGCAGCUCUUCAACCACACCAUGUUCAUCCUGGAGCAGGAGGAGUACCAGCGUGAGGGCAUCGAGUGGAGCUUCAUUGACUUCGGCCUCGACCUGCAGCCCUGCAUCGACCUCAUUGAGAGGCCGGCGAACCCUCCAGGAGUGUUGGCUCUGCUGGAUGAGGAGUGCUGGUUCCCCAAAGCCACAGACAAAACCUUUAUAGACAAGCUGAUCCAGGAGCAGGGAACACACUCAAAGUUCCAGAAACCCCGCCAGCUCAAAGAUAAGGCCGACUUCUGCAUCAUCCACUACGCCGGCAGGGUGGACUACAAAGCAGAUGAGUGGCUGAUGAAGAACAUGGACCCCCUAAAUGACAACGUGGCAACGCUUCUGCAUCAGUCCACUGACAAAUUUGUGAGUGAACUGUGGAAAGAUGAGAUUCAGACCAUUCAAAGGGCUUCAUUCUAUGACAAUGUCACUAGUCUGGAUGAGCCGGCAGUGGACCGAAUAGUGGGUCUGGACCAGGUGGCAGGAAUGAACGAGACAGCUUUUGGGGCUACCUAUAAAACAAAAAAAGGCAUGUUCCGCACAGUGGGACAGCUCUACAAGGAGUCACUCACCAAGCUCAUGGCCACACUGAGAAACACCAACCCCAACUUUGUCCGCUGCAUCAUCCCCAACCACGAAAAAAGAGCGGGUAAACUGGAGCCUCACCUGGUUCUGGAUCAGCUGAGGUGUAACGGAGUCCUUGAGGGAAUUCGAAUUUGCAGACAGGGCUUUCCCAACCGCAUCGUCUUCCAGGAGUUCAGACAGAGAUAUGAGAUCCUGACACCCAACGCUAUCCCCAAGGGAUUCAUGGAUGGGAAACAAGCCUGUGAAAGAAUGAUCCACGCCCUAGAGCUGGACCCCAACCUGUUUCGUAUCGGUCAGAGUAAAAUCUUUUUCCGCACUGGUGUUCUGGCUCACCUGGAGGAGGAACGAGAUCUGAAGAUCACUGAUAUUAUCAUCUACUUCCAGUCUGUGUGUCGUGGAUACUUGGCACGCAAGGCCUUUGCUAAGAAACAGCAGCAGCUGAGUGCCCUGAAGGUCCUCCAAAGGAACUGUGCUGCUUACUUGAAGCUGCGACACUGGCAGUGGUGGAGGCUCUUCACCAAGGUGAAGCCUCUGCUGCAGGUCACCAGGCAGGAGGAGGAGAUGCAAGCCAAAGACGAGGAGCUGAUAAAGGUGAAGGAGAGGCAGCUCAAGGUGGAGAAUGAGAUGGUGGAGAUGGAGAGAAAACACCAACAGCUCAUAGAGGAGAAGAACAUCCUAGCGGAGCAGCUCCAAGCGGAGACGGAGCUGUUUGCAGAGGCCGAAGAGAUGAGAGCUCGUCUGGCUUCUAGGAAGCAGGAGCUGGAGGAGAUCCUUCAUGACCUAGAGUCAAGGGUGGAGGAAGAGGAGGAGAGGAACCAGAGCUUACAGAAUGAGAAGAAGAAGAUGCAGUCACACAUUCAGGAUUUGGAGGAACAGCUGGACGAGGAAGAAGCUGCGAGACAGAAGCUUCAGUUGGAUAAAGUGACAGCUGAGGCAAAAAUCAAGAAAUUAGAGGAAGACAUUGUGUUGCUGGAGGACCAAAACUCCAAAUUCAUCAAGGAGAAGAAGCUGCUGGAGGACAGGAUCAACGAGGCAACCUCCCUGCUCACGGAGGAGGAGGAGAAAGCGAAGAACCUCGGCAAGGUCAAGAACAAGCAGGAGAUGAUGAUGGUCGACCUGGAGGAGCGUCUGAAAAAGGAGGAAAAAACCCGCCAGGAGUUGGAGAAGGCCAAGCGCAAACUGGAUGCUGAGACGACGGACCUGCAGGACCAGAUUGCUGAACUUCAAGCACAGAUAGAGGAGCUAAAGAUCCAACUGGCCAAGAAGGAGGAGGAGCUGCAGGCUGCUUUGGCCAGGAGUGAUGAGGAGGCGGUCCAGAAGAACAACGCCCUGAAGCAGGUUCGGGAGCUGCAGGCCCAGCUGGCUGAGCUCCAUGAGGAUCUGGAGUCAGAGAGGCUGUGUCGAAGUAAAGCUGAAAAACUUAAGAGGGACCUAAGUGAGGAGCUCGAGGCUCUGAAGACAGAGCUGGAAGACACUCUGGACACCACCGCUGCCCAGCAGGAACUCAGGACCAAGCGAGAGCAAGAGGUGGCAGAGCUGAAGAAGGCCAUUGAUGAGGAGACCAAAAACCACGAUGCCCAGAUCCAAGACAUGAGACAGAGGCACGCCACCGCAUUGGAAGAACUAUCCGAGCAGCUGGAUCAGGCUAAGAGAUUCAAGGCCAACUUGGAGAAGAACAAGCAGACUCUCGAGAAUGAAAACAAAGAGAUGGGCAGCGAGGUGAAGAGUCUGCAGCAGGCAAAGGCCGAGUCUGAACACAAGAGGAAGAAACUGGAGGCCCAGAUGCAGGAGUUCAUGGCCAGGGCCACCGAGGUGGAGAGAGCCAAAGGAGAGCUGGCUGAACGCUCACACAAACUCCAGACGGAGCUGGACAACGUGUCGGCCUUGUUGGAGGAGGCGGAGAAGAAGGGCAUCAAACUGGCCAAGGACGCUGACAGUCUGGGAAGCCAACUGCAAGACACACAAGAGUUGCUGCAGGAGGAGACUCGUCAGAAGCUGAACCUGGGCAGCCGGGUCCGCCAGCUGGAGGAAGAAAAGAACACCUUGCUGGAGCAGCAGGAGGAGGAAGAGGAGGCACGACGCAACCUGGAGAAACAGCUGCAGACAGUGCAGGCUCAGCUGUUUGAGACAAAGAAGAAGCUGGAGGAGGAUGUGGGAGCAAUAGAGGGUCUGGAGGAGGUGAAGAGAAAACUCCAGAAAGAUGUCGAACUGACGAGCCAGCGUCUGGAGGAGAAGGCCAUGGCCAUGGAUAAGAUGGAGAAGACCAAGAACCGUCUGCAGCAGGAGCUGGACGACCUGUUGGUGGACCUGGACCACCAGAGACAGAUUGUUUCCAACCUGGAGAAGAAGCAGAAGAAGUUCGACCAGAUGCUGGCCGAGGAGAAGACCAUCUCAGCUCGAUAUGCUGAGGAGCGAGACCGUGCCGAGGCCGAGGCCAGAGAAAAAGAUACCAAAGCUCUGUCUAUGGCCAGAGCUCUGGAGGAGGCCUUGGAGGCCAAAGAGGAACUGGAGAGGUUUAAUAAGCAGCUCCGCGCUGAAAUGGAAGAUCUGAUGAGCUCCAAGGAUGACGUGGGGAAGAAUGUCCAUGAACUGGAGAAGUCCAAGCGUACGCUGGAGCAGCAGGUGGAGGAGAUGAGAACUCAGUUGGAGGAGCUGGAGGAUGAGCUGCAGGCCACCGAGGAUGCCAAACUGCGUCUGGAGGUCAACAUGCAGGCCAUGAAGGCCCAGUUUGACCGAGACCUGCAGGCCAGAGACGAGCAGGGAGACGAAAAGAAGAGAGCGCUGGUCAAACAGGUGCGUGAAAUGGAGGCAGAGCUGGAGGAUGAGAGGAAGCAGAGGACUCUGGCUGUGGCCACCAAGAAGAAGCUGGAGAUGGACCUGAGUGAGCUGGAGGGACAGAUCGAAGCCGCCAACAAAGGCAGGGACGAGGCCAUCAAACAGCUCCGAAAACUACAGGCUCAGAUGAAGGAUUAUCAGAGGGAGCUGGAGGAGGCCAGAGCCUCCAGGGACGAGAUCUUCACACAAUCCAAGGAAAACGAGAAGAAACUCAAGAGCCUCGAAGCUGAAAUCUUACAGCUACAGGAGGACCAUGCAGCGUCAGAGAGAGCACGUCGACAUGCUGAACAGGAGAGGGAUGAGCUGGCUGAUGAGAUCGCCAACAGUGCCUCUGGAAAGUCGUCGCUGCUGGAAGAAAAGAGGAGGCUGGAGGCUCGUAUCGCCCAGCUGGAGGAGGAGCUGGAGGAGGAGCAGGGCAACAUGGAGCUGCUCAAUGACCGCUUCAGAAAGACUUCCCUGCAGGUCGACAACCUGAACACUGAGCUGGCCGGAGAACGCAGCGCUGCACAGAAGAGUGAGAACGCUCGACAACAGAUGGAACGGCAGAACAAGGAGUUGAAAGCCAAGCUAGCAGAGCUGGAGGGGGCUGUCAAAUCGAAGUUUAAGGCCUCCAUCGCCGCGCAGGAGGCCAAGAUCCUGCAGCUGGAGGAUCAACUGGAACAGGAAGCCAAGGAGAGAGCAGCAGCUAACAAAAUCGUCCGUCGUACGGAGAAGAAAUUGAAGGAGGUGAUGAUGCAGGUGGAGGAUGAGCGUCGCCAUGCCGACCAGUACAAGGAGCAGAUGGAGAAAGCCAACUCUCGUAUGAAGCAGCUGAAGCGUCAGCUGGAGGAGGCGGAGGAGGAGGCCACCAGGGCCAACGCUUCCCGCAGGAAGCUGCAGAGGGAGCUGGACGACGCCACUGAGGCCAGCGAGGGCCUCACCCGGGAGGUCAGCUCGCUCAAGAACCGACUCAGGCGUGGUGGUCCGGUCAGCAGCUUCUCCUCUGGCCGUUCGAGCCGCCGUAACCUCAACCUGGAUGGCGCCUCCGUCGACAUGUCUGAUGACGACGCCGACAGCCGCGCCAGCGACUUCAACGAGACUCAAACCGCCAACGCGGAGUAAACACAACAACCUCCCUCGUUCCUCACCUUCCUCCUCGUCACCCCUACACCCUCCACCUCCUCUUCACCUCAUCCAUC